UUGCUCACUCAUCAUUUCCUUUCUUCAUCACAUAAUCUCCCCAUGCAUAAUCCUUUUUGUUUCUGUUUCUUGAGCUUCUUCCUGCUUCUUGCUUCAGCUUUCUGCCAUGGCACUGACUUGACAACAGUUGAGGUUGUUGGGGUUGGAGAAUGUGCAGACUGCCACAAGAAUAACAUUAAAACCAAUCAUGCCUUCUCAGGGCUUAGUGUAAGCAUUGACUGCAAACAAAAAGAUGGAAACAUUGAAAGAAAAGGGGUUGCAAAGCUAGAUGAAGAAGGAAAGUUCAAAGUGUUACUUCCAACUGAGGUUUUAAAAGAUGGAAAAUUGAAAGGAAAGUGCUUUGCACAGCUUCACAGUGCUUCUUCUACUCCUUGUCCUUCUCAUGAUGGCUUGGAAAUGGCUAAUUCCAUGAUUGUAUUCAAAUCCAAAGGUGAGGGAAAACAAACAUUUGGUUUGCCUAGUGGCCUCAAAUUCAAGAGUGAAACUUGUGUUUCUGCCUUCUUUUGGCAUCAUUACUAUCAUCACCCUCCUCUGCCUCCCAUCUCUUUACCUGUUUUCCCUCCUCAUCCUCCAUUGUAUAGCCAUCCUUAUUUGUUCCCUCCUUACCAUCACAAGCUCUUCCCUCCUAAAGUCUACACUCCUCCGCCCACUCCAGAAGUUCCGCUACCGCCCCCUGUCCCCAAAAAGCCUCCUCCGGACUACGAGAAGCCUCCUCCGGUCUACGAGAAGCCUCCACCGGUUUACGAGAAGCCUCCACCGGUUUAUGUAAAGCCUGUUCCUCCACCAGUACCAGUUUACAAGGUGAAACCGCCGAAGCCACCGGUUUACAAGCCUAAGCCACCAGUUUCCAAGCCACCAGCACCAGAGAAGCCAGAGUCUCCUCCAUCACCAGUUUAUUAUAAGCAUCCAUGGUAUAAGAUUCUCCCUCCAAUUUCAAAGCUCCCUCCAUGUCCACCAGUUCCAAAGGUUAUCCCUGUUGUUCCUCCAAAGUACUCUCACCCAAAGUUUGGCAAGAAAUUUCCUCCUCUGUCUCCUUCUGUUCCACACCCUUAAUUAGGAGAAAAAUACAAUUAGUUUAUGUGCUUAUUGAAGAUGAGUGCUAUAUGUGCUAUAUUACUUGAUAUAUAUAUAUAUAUAUAUAUAUAUUUGAUUUCUUUGUCAUUUGUAAGUAUAGGGCAAUUUGUUUGAUGUCAUAUUAUAUAUAUAUAUAUGUAUAUUAGCUUCAAACUUUGUUGUUGAUGUAAUAAAGACUUCAAGUGGAGAUCAUCACAAGAAGAAAGAAAUUCAGAGGGAGAGAUUAGAAAUGGUAUACUGUGUAGAUGUGUGUAUGAUUUGUUUUGUAUUGUAAAAGCUACAUUGAAUUUGAAGGGUGUGGAGUAUUUGUUGUUUCAUUGA